AUGGACAAUAUGGGCAUGAGCCAGCCCUGCCUCUCGCAGUGGGGAGGCAUUGACGCCUCAAAGAGAUUCCCCUACACCUCAUUCGAACAGCCCCCACCUCCAGCUCCCUCGACCGCCGAAAUGCCAAACCCGUUUGAGAUUUCACCAUCAGCCAGUUCGCGGUCGCUGGACACCAUGAUGGGAUCCGACCUGUCCAUGCCAUGGAAUACCGGCUUUUCAUUCUCGUCUACCCCCGCAACUAUGUCAAAUAGUCCGCCCGACAGUGACGGUUUGGACCACGGCAAUGACCACUACGCCAAUCUUCUUAGCUGUACGAAGCAAGUGCGACUGUGCUAUGCGACGCUGCAGUCUCAAAUCCGUGGCACUAUGCGCGGCCAGCGGUGCCCUCAGCCUCAACUCGAAGCUGCUUUGAAAAUUGUGGAAAGCUCCUGUCGCGCCUCUUGCGACAUCCUUCGCCAUUCGUCGUCGUCCUCUGCAUCCAUGCCGUCGCCUAACUGGUCUCUGAUCGCUCAAGCCAUCACCCUCGUUUUCAAUAUCAUCGACAUCUGCGAGCUACUGGUGGAGGGUACAGUGGGCCCACAGGCUGAUGGCGGCGCCGUGGCCACUACCCGGCAGACGACUUUGGACGACCUCUACGUUAUCAAACGCUUAGAGUUGAGUGUCGUGCAGACACGCAUGUCGCUCAACCAAGUGCAGGACCUGAAUCAGAGCUUUGCAUCGCUAGUACAGGGAACGAAAUCGCGCAUCAUGGCACUGCAGGCGCUGUUUGAAAGCGUCAAAUGUUCGCAUUAG